AAGCAUCAAAUUUCAACUCCGGAUUUCAACAUGUAUUGAAUGGGUGUUAUAUGAUAGAAGCUAUAUAUACGGUUUCUUAAGGCUCGUAAAAUUUCCAUGUUUGCUUGAAUCUGCAGUAUUUUGUAGCUGGCACAAGCGUUGUGGAUAAAAUGAUUUUCUGUUCAAGUUGCUUUUAAUAUUCUGUUUCUUGAGGGAUCGCGUUGCAUCAUGUAAAUCUAGGUCCGGUUGGUUUGGUUGAGUUUAUAGCACUGAUCCGGGCUUGCGUUGCUUCUUAAUCUUAAUUAAUAAGGAAGGGCAUGGCUAUGAGUGUCAAUUCAUUUUAAAUCCUGUUCAGCUAUUCGUCGUCAUUGAUCAUUUAACAAUUAGCUGGAGCAUGUCUUCCACUUCAAAACACUAUCAUUUCCUGACACUAUACCAAACCCAUGAUGCAGCGGAAAGAGCUAGGCCGGAUGAUAUAACCUUGGUUUUCCACCGCUUCCAGGCCGGUUUCAGACCUAUAUCUUCUCUGGUUAACCCACAUGGUUCCAGAACGGAUACCACCACCUGAUAUAUACGAUAAUAUUAUGUGUAUAUCCGAAAGGCCAGUACUACAGCACUAAAAGGAUUCGGGGCGUUCAUCAUUCCCUAGGCCUAGAAAAAAAAAGACCGUCAUUGACUUUUUUAAUAUGUGACAUUAUAAACCAGAAUGACAUCAACGAAGGAUAUUGGGUGACACGAGCUUGGUGCUGCUCAGGCGCACACAUAGAGGUUCUACAUUUUUUAAAAGCCCGCAUUUUUCUUGUCUCCGAGCAUUUUUACGAACCAUGCCACUUUCUUCACAAUAUCAUAUAUCGAGUUACACCCGACCUGCCUAUAUACAUGAUAGCUCUUGACCUGAUCGUGGUAUGCGUAUGAAAAAUUACAUACAUUCGUAAUUUUAUUUUACGACAUGUACGACAUUGAUCGAUUGAGAAAGUGAUACUGAUCGGUGUUUGAGUUUGUCACUCUCUAACUUGCCUCCCGCGGAAGAUAUACCUCUCACAAUAACUGGAUUCGAUAUCAGUAGUGACUUAAUGCCAAGACAAGUGUGCACGAGUUUUAUUUAUUGCUCGACAACAUGUGUUUAUUAGAUGAAUAGAUCAUGUAAUAUAAUAUAUAUUGGGAACAUAAACUGGGUACAUUUAUAUAUCAUCUGUGCAGUUUCCAGGAAUAGUAUAUCUCUGUGAAGGAACCCGCUGAAAUUGGUUCAUAAACUGUUUGCAAACCUUGUCACAUUUGGAAUUUCUUAAGCAGAAUAGAAGGAGGGAUUUGUGUGGAUAUUUAAGACAGGAUUUGAUAGAUCUUGAAGCGAUCAUGGAUAACGUGUCAAUAUCAACACCCGUCACUCACGGGACAAUCGAGGUCAUACACAACCUGAGCGCAAACGACAUCGUCUCCAUCGUCAUGUACGUGAUCAUUGGGACGUUCGGUAUCAUCGGAAACACCCUUGUGAUGAUCGUCUUCGGAUUGCUAACACAGAAGAAAAGUCAGGUGAAUAUGUUCAUAUUCGACCAGGCUCUUAUUGACGGGUGCACCUCCGUGUUGCUCAUCCUGUUCGGAGUCGUCAACGUGUUCAGACCGAAAAUCAUGGCCUUUGAAAAGGAUAUCGAUGUCGGCAAUGGCACCAACACCUCCAGCAUUACGGGCCAUUUCCUCUACCUUUCUCCGUCGACGGCGGAAUUUUUGUGUCGAUUCUGGUGGUCGCGUUUCUUCCUCUUUGCAUGUUUUGCCAUCUCGACAUGGAACUUGACGGUGAUGUCGAUAGAGCGGUACUUCGCAGUCCUUCAUCCGAUGACGUACUCCAGGAAUUUUAGCAAGCGGCGCGCCAUGAUCAUGAUGGGAUUGAUAUGGCUAAUCGCUCCCAUCAUGCAGUAUAUCCCAACGAUUUUCCAGUACACAUGUGGUCCUGGUUCAUGUGCCUUCCAGGAAUCUUGGUCCAAUGCUGCAGGAAUCGUCGUAGGAUUGGCCUUGUUUGUCUGGGAGUUCGUCCUCCCUGUCUGUAUCAUGGCUUUUGUCUACUACAAGAUCGUUACGGAGAUGAGGAAAAAGAAAAUGGCCUUGCGACAGAAGAAGAAGCUGGUAGAUCCACCAAGUGCCACAAGCACCCCUACCAGGAUGCCUAACAGAGGAGCCUCCAAGAUUGUUCAUCCCUCCAGUAAUAUUACCAUGACACUAUGCAUCCUCUUCGCCGUCUACACCUUCUGCUGGGCGCCCAACCAGAUUACCUUCUUGCAGUUCAACUUUGGAGGACCUCUGAACUUUACCGGUGCCUGGUAUCAUAUCACUGUGACCUUGGCGUUCUUGAACUGUUGCGUGAAUCCCUUCAUCUACGCUCUCAGGUUACAAAAGUUCAAGAAGGGUAUGAACAUGUUGAUGAAGGGAAAGUGGCAUCGGAGAACUCGGGAGAGCAGAGCGAAGAUGACCGAAUCGACCAGUUUCAAUGGCAUUGACUCGAAUACUGUGUGAAGUCUUAUUGAUAUAGAGGAAUGGACUCUUCGAAACAUGAAUUAUCGAGAGAAGUUUGAUAUUUCUAAGUUUUUCAUGUUUGUCAAUUUCGUAUUAUUUUGGGAGAGUUACUCUGUAAAUUCUGUUUGAUAUUAGAGAAAUCGACUCUGCAAAACAUACACUAUCAAGAAAUGUUUGAUGAUUCUUUGUUUGUUUAUUGUUAAAAAUCUUUUAUCAUUACAUAUUGCGUGUACUUGGGCAUUACAAGGAUGAAGUCGCUGUAGAUCACCACAUUUUCCGAGUACAGUAAUAUUGUGGUUUAGGAAAAAUUGCAAAUAUGAAGGAAUUUCUCUGAUUGGAUCCUUGUCAGUGUUUUGGACAGAGUGUGCAUGAUACGAUGAUCUUGAUUGGUCAUUUUCAUUUACAAAUUGAUUACAAACCUUAUGUUAUAGAGCUCAGGACUGGAUUGCAAUCAAGACAUAUAUGAUGGAACUAGACUUAUCGGGAAGGACAAUUAAAAAAAAUCUUUCCCACACUUCUGCAAACUUAUCGAUGAUGUAUAUUGAAUUUAUCUGCAACCUUGGUGCUAUCAUGGCGUUGGUUCAGUUUAACAUUACCUGUCUCUUUUACCUAAGACAACAAUAAUUUCAUAAAGUAUAUGUUGCCAAUACCUUCACCAAGUGCUGAUUAUUUUAUUUCCUCGGUAAAAACUGUCCAAAAAUUUACAUUUUUAUUGAAAUGUAUACAUACAACUAUAUUUGGUACGUUACAUUUGUCAUGACCAUCAAGACUAAUAAAUACAAUUCCUGUCAGUUUAUUCUGAACUCAGGCUAACAUUAGCUUAUGAGUGUACCACACUUAUUCCCUCAAUAACAUCAUGCAAAGAAAGUACCACUACAGAUAUGGAAGUUCAUGCAUUGUGGAAAGAAAGAAAGGUCCUUAAGAAAAUGCCCGCUAAUUUUUCCCCUUAUUUUGGUUUUGGUUUUGUUUUUGUGUUGUUGUUUUGUUGCUUGUUUGUACUGUUAAUUCAUUAUAGUGAAACUGUAAAAAUAUGUACUAACAUCAGUAAGCGAUACCGUGAAUCAUAUUGCAAUAUAUCUUUUUGUAUCAUGUGUUAUUUUAUCAUUUGUUUCGUUUUAUCACAGGAUUUAGAGUAAUCGCAAGAGUUACAGUCACACCGUCGAAACUGACUCCAGUCCGACCAAACAACCUAUUGCCUUAUUUUCAAUGACGUAUCAACGAUCGGUUUGGAAUCGGCUUCGUUGGUGUGACUGAAGUACAAGCUACUAUUCAAUUCCAAAGUUUAAGGCCUAUUGAUAGCGCGUUUUCGCACCGCCACGCGGGACGAGUUCAAUAACACAGUUAAUGUAUUGAAAAUGCUCGUCAAAUCACAAUGAACCGCUAAGAGGUCUUUGUCGAAAACUGGUUAACCGGAAGAGCAGAUGUCCUAAGAUUUCGGAGCUGAUGAAAAAUUGCAAAUCAGUCGUUCAUCCGGAGUCCAGGUCGAAACUGAAGUUUUGAUUCACCAAUUUCGGACAAAGAUUCAUUCGGAGCUCAUUGUCACGAAGGGCAUUUUUUACAAUAGGUUUUCCGUGUUCCUAAAAGCGUUCUGCAUCGUGGCGCAAAAACUCGCUAUUCACGGCUGAAAGUGAGUCGCACUUCUUUAUCUGAAUGCCUUGGCGGAAUUUCCGGGGUGACAUAUCUAUUGACAUUUCCCCUGACCUAACCAAACAGAAACCACACGCAAGUUCUGAGCAGAGGAUGCGUCACGGGUGGGUGGGGCACAAAGGACUGACCCCCCCCCCUCUCAUUAUUUUUAAAGUCGUGAAAAUAUAUGAAAAAGAGGAGGGAUAAAAGAAAGGGAAAGAAAGUAGAAAGAAGAGCAUAAGGAGAUUUUACCCUUAUUAUUCAAUAUAGGAAAACAUUCAGGGACCUAUCCACGGAGGAUUAGUCUAUUGUUACUGGGGGUGCUGAGCAUUGUUACAGCACCCCCAGUAACAAUAGUUAAUCCUCUGUGGCCAGGUCCAUGAAAACAUUUCAUAACCUUUAGGACGUCUUGCCAAUCCUCCCCCCCCCCCCCCCAUCCAAACACCCUGAUGCCGCUCCUCUGUGAGUUAUCAAACAGUUCUUGCUUUAUUGGUAUCACACUGAGAUUGUUAAUUUGAAUUUUUGCCAAAACUUAUAUAAUGUUAUCACCAUGGACAUAUUAAUGAGUUUGAUUUUUUGAUUGUUUUUACAAUUGUUUUCCUGGUUUUAAACUUAUUUUUUUAUCUCAUUUUUUGUUCAUUGUCUAAGAAAAUAUACAUGUGCCUUGAUAACCGUGAUCAACCCCCGAAUAAUACGUUCAGGCGAAAGUUUCGCUCCGUCUUGGGAAGAAUAAGACUUUCUUUUCGCUGGAGUUUAAGUUCUUAAUGUUUAAAAGUGGCAUACCUAAUACAGCAACGAAAAAUAUCUUGCAAUGUCUGUUGAACACGAGCUGCUUUGAAGAGAUCAUAUUAAAUAUGCGCAUUCUGUAUAUACUAUUAAACUAUUCUUCAAAUCAUUAA